AUGGCAUCGGAUCAAGAGAGUCCUGCAGCAAAGAAACUUAUCGAAUGGACGCAGAAAUUCAGAAAAGAGAAGAAUCAUCUCUUUUACACCCCGCUAUCCUUCCAACAAGCUGUUACCACGGCGGAUCGGCCAGCAAAAGGCUCGGUUUGGGCUAGUAGAACCGUUCUCCCAGCUCCUGAGGAUGACUCAACUGUCACUGCUAUUACUGAUGCAAUUUACGAUCUUGAUAAUACCGGCAGUAGAGAAUAUUUUGAAACCACAUUGGCUGAUGUAAAAGUGCAAUGGAGUGGUUUCCGAUCUGGAGUCGGGGAGAAAGAAGAUGAGCCAGAUAUUUCUGAGGAAGAUAAGUACAAAGGUCUCAUGAAGGAUACCAAAUCCAGGAUAACUAUUCUAUAUGCUCAUGGUGGAAUGAACUACUUCGGAGGAGCAGCUUCUACACGUCAAGUCACUUCAACUUUAGCAAGGCUUACCAAGGGACGCUGUCUUGUCAUCGAGCAACGACUCGCUCCACAGCAUCCUUUCCCUGCACCCUUGAUCGAUCUUUUAGUAUCAUAUUUAUCACUUCUCUAUCCACCCAAGGAUGCGUUUCAUGAAGCAGUUCCAUCUGAAGAUAUUGUGGUCGCUGGGGAAAGCACUGGAGGAAAUCUCGCUAUUGCUUUCCUUCUUCUACUUCAAAACUUUCGAGACAAGAAAACACGCAUCAACUUCCACGGCAAAUCUGUCGCAGUUCCAUUUCCCGCGGGUUUUGCAACUUAUGCACCACAAGGUGAAAUCACUGAGUCUUUCCCAGCACAUCAAGGAAAUCAAAAAUACGACAUUUUAAACGAGAUUCACACAACACUGAGCGACGAUCUGAAACCAGAUGAUAUCUGGCCCAGCAAACCCCCAAGAGCAAAUAUUUACGCGCCCACAACGAAUAUGAUAAUUCACCCAUUAAUUAGUCCUGUUUCCGCUAGAAAUUGGCCUUCUAUCAACCCACCACCACUAUUCUUGGCGUAUGGUCAAGAAAAAAUGCUCGAAGAGGGACAGUUCAUGGCAAAGCAAGCUUUCAGGGCCGGUGCCACAGUUCAUUUACAUCAGUACAAUGCACUCCCACAUAUCUUUGCCUCCUUUGCCAAAAUACCCCAGACUGACCACCUCUUUGCCCAAUGGGCCAAAUUCAUUCGGGCGUGCGUUGAAGACCGGCAAACGAUAAGUAAGAGCCAGUACAUCAUUUAUGAACCCAUUGACGAGGCUCCAGGUUUCAAGCCUAUUCCACGGGAAAUCGGUGAUGGCUCGGGAUUGUCUAAGUUUGAGUAUAAUGAGGUUGUGAAGAGGAUGGAGGCAAAAAAAAACAAGAUGAAGCCUUGGACCGGACCCAAUGCAAAACCCUCUUUGUAA